ACAUGUGGACAACUGUACAGCCCUACCGCUCAGCCACAGCUCUGACCUAACACUGUCAGUAUCACUGGUUUCCGUCGCUGUUAUCGUUGCUCUGCCUUUUACUACUCCUAGUGUUGUAAUUAAUACCGUGAAAGAGGUGUCACUCUGAAACCCAGGGGACUCCUUCUGCGUUUGGACACCUUCGUCUACUUUUACGCAUGGCAACCUGGCUGACGAUCCAGGAGUGAAAACAGGAUCGCAGUUCGCACGACGUAAAGUCAUCUUCAUAGAGUUGUUUGUUAUCUUAUUUGAGCUGUCUGCAGUUUUCAUUUACUGAAGCCAUGUUUUCCAAGGCCACUGCCAACUUCGUCCGUCAGAUUGACCCAGAGGGAAGCCUCAUCCACGUGUCACGAGUAAAUGACUCCCAAAAACUGGUUCCCAUGGCACUCGUCGUCAAGCGCAACCGCCUCUGGUUCUGGCAAAGGCCCAAGUACCAACCAACGGAUUUCACCCUCAGUGACUUGUUGCUGGGUGACAAAACGCUUAGUCCUGGAUUGUGUGAGACAGAAUUCCUGACCUACAAGGGGACGUUUGGUGACAAACUCUCCGGAAAGCUGAAAACCAAGGCCGGCUCUGUCAGUGUCGCGCUGGAGGGGCAGGGCACUACCAAGCUCCAAUCAUGUUUUGGCAAGCUGAAAAAAGAGGAACUGGAUGUGAAGAAGCUAUUACGUGACUCCAGAAGCAGGCUGGUGGACAUGCAGCACGUGCUGGUGCAGCAGCUGGAGAAGCGGGCUGAUGUGCUCGCAGUCGUGAAGGAGAGGAUUGUCACCACCAACUCCUGCUCCAUCACCCAGACGAAGAAGGAGCAGUGCAUCUUUCAGGGCGUGGUCGGGCUGCUGGACAUCCUGGGGAGCUCUGUUAAGGUGUGUGUGAAGGACACCAACAACAUUGAGAUGGACAGUGAUGUUUCUUUGGAGAUCCCCUCUGACACCGUCAUUGCAUACAGCAUCCUGGAACUAGAGAUUAAAAAGAAUGGACACUAUGAUAUAUGCCUGCAACCUGGCACUAUAGGAGGUUUUGAGUCAGACACCUGGCCAUCCCAGGAUUCCUUGAAUGUUGUGGAUGGCAAAUGCAAUGGAGAGAAUGUUCCAACACUGCAAAAUGGAUCACAGGAGAUGGACUUGUCUCCACUGGCAGAGCUCAACCAGUCAACUAGAUGCGCCUUGUUCAAGAAGUUACAAGAGACAAUGAGGGACAGAACUGCUCUGUCAUACCUGCAGUGUGUGCUGGCGAAGUUGUGUGGUGAUGACACACUCGAUAUGGCCAACCAAGAUAUGGAUCGACUCAGCUUAGACAUUCAUAGCGAGUGCAGCCAGGCUGCCAGUCCUGCGCACCUGAAUGCAACUCACCUGUUGGUCAGUGCUAUGGAAGAGUUGCCUGAUGAAACACUGAGCCUUCUGAGUGAGAGCCGUGCUGAUUUUCUGGAGGCCUUCAACACACUGAUGUGCAGGUUAAAGGAGAGCAGCGGGACUCUCUCCAUCCAGCGUCUUCCCAUCCUGCUGCAGGACAACCAAACUUUCCAGCUGGCAGAACAGCUGCUCAGCUCCACCAAUGUAACACUGAAGAGAAACGCUGAGAGUCUGUGGACGGAGACAGGAGAUAAAGCAGAAGCUCUGCCUUUGAUCCUCUGCCUCAGCACACAUGGAUUGUCUUUGCUGUGCACUGGGCUGAAGUAGGAGGAGUUUCUGCAUGCACACUUGUUUUUCUUUUUUUUUAUGGACUAUAUUCUGUCCAUUUCUUUCUUUAUUGUAAAGUUUGUUGAGUCGACGCUUACAGUAGUUAAUUUCCUAACAUCUUUAUAUUUUACUAUUAUUGUUUUUUUAAUGUUGCUUGAUAUUUGUUACAUUAUUAUACAGAGAAUAUUGUUAUAUUACUUUUCCUAUAUAUAUUUUUGUUACUUAAAGCACACUUACAGCAAAAAGCACUUCAUUUUUUGUAUAUUUAAAAAAAAUCGAUAUAUAUUUUAUGUAAUGACUUGCCAUACUGUAGUGCAGCUCUGUCUCACUGAGACACAUCAAUGAACCAUGUUUGGUACUUGAUCAGGCACUUUGGAUAAAUAUUUCCAAAAGUUUAUUAUUGUUUAGUAUAAAUUCAGUUGUUUUUAUUUAUUCAGUUUUAGCUCACAUUCAAAUGAAUGUUGUUGAUUAGUAAGUUGAGAAAAACCCGUGAUUAAGCUGAAAACAGUUCUUAUUUCUUAAGAAAGAUUCAUAGGUCAUAGGUUUCAUGUUUUUCACUUAACAGCAAAAUGUGAAAUUUGAUGCUUGCCAACGGUACACAAAAUCAACAUUUCUACAGUGUGCUGAAAAGUGUUGCUCACCUCUUCUUGCUAGGAUUUUGAUUUUGAAUGAAACUGCAUUUUAUUGCUGCUACUGCUUAUAAUCAAAUUGUUAUGAAACUAUCUGUAUUUAACAGAAACAUUAUAUAUUGAAUACCAAAAAUAUUGUAUUAUUUUAAAAUGGAGAACUUAUAUUUUUUAAUGAAGUUUAUGUGUGUUUAUACAUGAGCAAUAGUUUUAUGAAGCUAUCUUUUCAAUGGCAUGGGCGACUUUCCUAUUUGACAGUUAACAUCGUAAUUUAUUGUUACUUGAAAAAAAGCUUCACUUUAUCCUAUAUGAAGGCAUACAAUAAUUUAGAAAAAAUCUUUGCAUUUAAAUCUGUGUCAUACCUAAAUUGCAAAUAAAGUAGGCUAUAUAAAAAUA